UUUUGUUGGCUUCAAUAAUGCGUGGAGUGAAGAUAGAGAUUCAUAACAACACCCCCGCCCUGCCCGACACAUUUAUUCUCAAAUACAUUUUCAAGCACACAGUUACCUCAUAAUGCGCAAGCGAAAGCAAUCAAAAGACGGUGACGUGGAGAUGGGAAACACAACCCGCGCCUUGGGUGAAAACGAUAGCAGCAGCGAAGAUGAAAUGGAUAUAGUGAAUGUUGAAUUCGAGUGGUUCGAUCCACAACCAGCAGUAGAUUUCCACGGCCUCAGAAAUCUGCUCCGCCAGCUACUAGACAACGAUGCGCAACUAUUCGACCUCUCUGAAUUGACCGAUCUGAUACUGUCGCAACCACUGCUAGGCUCGACAGUGAAGGUUGAUGGCAAUGAAGGUGAUCCAUUUGCCUUCCUUACAGUGUUGAAUCUACAGCAGCAUAAGGACGUACCAGUUAUAAAAGACCUAACAAGCUACAUCCAACGAAAAUCCUCCUCCUCUGCCAAACUCUCCCCCUUAGACAACCUCUUAACGCAACCAACACCCCCUGCGAUCGGACUGAUAUUAACAGAACGACUAAUCAACAUACCCGCUGAAGUCGUCCCACCUAUGUACACCAUGCUUCUAGAGGAGAUAGCCUGGGCCCUCGAAGAAAAUGAACCCUACAACUUUACACAUUACCUAAUCUUAUCACGGACUUACGAAGAAGUCAAAUCGAAACUGGACGAGGAGGACGACCGGCCACAAAAGAAGAAGAAGAAAGGCGCAGACGAGAAGAACGAGAUGUUCUAUUUCCACGCGGAGGAUGAGCUGUUGCAGAAACAUGCGUUAUGCUAUGGGGGAUAUGAGUAUACCCGACAACAGGAGGAAGGGGCGUCAGAUUCCAAGCGCGCGUUUCAUGAGUAUGGCGUGCGGCCACAGGGCCAUUUGGUUUUAAUAGAAGCGGCGAAGUUUGAAGCGGCCGUGAAAGAUUUAAAGGAAUAUCUAAACCCGUCUUCUUGAAGAAGAAGAAGAAGUAUAUAAAAUGAGAAAAUAUUCAUUAGUUGAUUUGUUUAUGACGUAUAACCCUAUAGUUUGUGUUUCCUUCUAUCUUGCCGGUAAAUCGUGGAUAGUCCCGUAAAACCAUUGCGCCGUGCUAAAGCUCUUCGCUGUUUUGCUUCCAUAUCCAUGCAUGUUGUAUAUGAUUACUCCCACUCAGUACCCUUCAGACGCUGCAUUAGAUAUUCUACCUCCACAAUCUUCGUCAUCGGAAUCACGCUAUCCUGUUGCACAAUUUUAGUUCCCAGGGUCGAGCGCAUAUAGGAGGAGAAAAUUGAAAGAUAAUAACGAAAAACAAACCUUAUACAUAGCCACAACCGCCUCGACGUUAAUCUUCUGGUUGUUCCCAUCAGGCGUAGCAGGACCAGCAGGAUCCGUACCGUACGUCCUCGCCUUAAGCCUUAGCCGUUCCAGCACCUUCUUCUCCACCGCAGCAUUGGUAAUGGCCUCGUCAAUCCCCUUCCGAUCGCCCGCCUUGAUCAAUUUCACAAACUUCUCAGGAUCCAUCCGGAACUUCGACUCCGCCACGAACUUGCCAAAGUGUAUCCGUCUCGACAGCGCUUGCAGGCAAUUGACAUCGCACGUUGCCGAGGAGCCGUAGUUCUCCUGCGUCUCGCCACGGUCCUCACGGUCAAAUUUCCGACAUGUAUUGGGCAAGAUUUCAUUGACGUAUCGCGACUUGAUAACGUCGUUGACGUUUACGUCGUUGGGGUGGAGGAUCUUGGGGUACUGGAUGGGUUGGAGGAUGGGCUCCUCGAGGACGUCUGGGAAGAAAGGGUAUUCAUCGGGGGACUGGUAGCGGCGCACGCGCGAUUGGAGACGUUCCUGUUCUCGGAGUAGGUAGUCCAUAAGACUGAGAUCUGAGUUUGGGAUUUUGACCCCGCCGGACACGUAGAUGGGUUUGUUGAGGGGGAAUUGGACGCGUUCGAUUAGGUGGAAGGUUAUGGUAUCUUCGAGGCGGCUGGAAACGGGGGUUUUGUA